AUCGCUUGGCGCGGCAGUUGUCAUUCCGUCUCCUCCUCCGCCGUACUAGUGUUUUUGCAAUCGCAGCUCUCUCGCAAAUCUGGCGGUGCGCUGCGGGUGUGCAGUACAUAUACUUGUGAGAACUUGUGCCAACCAGAUGUGCAAUACAAGUGCUAAAAUUGUGUAAAAUCCAAGUCAAGUCGCCAACCAAACAAUUAUAACAAAGGCAGUAAAAAUAAAAACACGUUCUUAAACACAACAGCAUUAAAUCAGCAGCAGCAGCAACAAAAACAACAACAAACACUACAACGAAGAGUGAACGGCCUCAAAGUCAACAACAGCUGCUUACAGUUCGACAGUCACUGGGCGUCGACGAUCCCCCGCGACGCUCUGUUUUUUACUCUUCCACGGGAUUCCAUGCAUGAGGCCCUUCUCGCCAUCUCGUUCCCACUGAAAGUACCGUUCCACGGCGUCCACCGGUGGCGGUGGCCCACAAUCGACAACUGCCGGUCCAUCCGCUGGUAAUGUGGCAAAUGCCACCACAGCCCUAGCCGGUGGUAAGAGCUCAAGCAAUAACAUGUAUUCCACCCGCCAAUCUGUAAGCACCACAACCGGUGUACUUAUGGUCGGACCAAAUUUUCGUGUCGGUAAAAAAAUUGGCUGUGGUAAUUUUGGCGAAUUGCGUUUAGGCAAAAAUCUUUACAACAAUGAACAUGUAGCAAUAAAAAUGGAGCCUAUGAAGUCAAAGGCUCCGCAACUACACUUAGAGUAUAGGUUUUAUAAACUAUUAGGAUCACAUGCCGAUAACGCCCCAGAUGGCAUACCACGCAUUUAUCACUUGGGCACUUGCGGUGGCCGUUACAAUGCCAUGGUUUUAGAGUUAUUGGGAUUAUCAUUAGAAGAUCUCUUCAAUAUUUGCGCCCGUAAAUUUUCACUUAAGACUGUAUUGAUGAUAGCGAAACAACUUCUCCACCGGAUCGAAUAUGUUCAUAGUCGGCACUUAAUAUAUAGGGAUGUGAAACCUGAGAACUUUCUCAUUGGCAGAACGUCAACAAAACGUGAAAAAAUUAUACAUAUAAUUGAUUUCGGUUUGGCCAAAGAAUACAUUGAUUUAGAUACAAAUAGGCAUAUACCAUAUCGGGAGCAUAAGUCCCUAACUGGAACGGCACGUUAUAUGUCAAUCAACACGCACAUGGGGCGUGAGCAGUCGCGACGCGAUGAUCUGGAGGCAUUGGGACAUAUGUUUAUGUAUUUCUUAAGGGGUUCACUGCCGUGGCAAGGCCUAAAGGCUGAUACACUCAAGGAGAGAUAUCAAAAAAUCGGUGAUACGAAACGAGCAACGCCCAUCGAGGUGCUUUGUGAUGGACAUCCGGAAGAGUUUGCGACAUAUUUGCGUUAUGUACGGCGGCUAGAUUUUUUCGAAACUCCCGACUAUGAUUUUCUGCGAAGACUGUUUCAAGACUUAUUCGAUCGUAAGGGAUACACCGACGAGGGCGAGUUCGACUGGACAGGGAAGACAAUGACCAAGGAACAGCUGGACCAAAUGAAGGUCAUUAAGAAUGCACCGCCAUCGCAUUUGGCCAAAAAUAAGUCUGACAAGUCAACGCCCGUCGGAUCUCUGCAAACUGGCCAUGAAGUCAUCAUUUCACCAAAUAAAGAUCGUCAUAAUGUUACGGCUAAGGAUGUUUCUUAUUUUGAUUUUGAUGACGAAGUUGAUAAUGAGAAUGAAGAAUAUAUAAUACUCCAGACAAAUGCCAAAGGAGGUGUUGCUGCGUGGCCUGAUGUGCCAAAGCCGGGGGCAACACUGGGCAAUCUAACGCCGGCCGAUCGGCAUGGUUCAGUACAGGUUGUGAGUUCGACGAAUGGCGAACUAAAUCCGGACGAUCCCACGGCCGGACACUCAAACACACCCAUCACACAGCAGCCGGAAGUCGAAGUGGUCGAUGAAACAAAUGGUUCCUUAUAUUCCAGAUGUUGUUGUUUCUUUAAACGAAAGAAGAAGAAAUCGACGCGCCAAAAAUGACUAGACGGUGUACAAUGUAGUCCAGAACGCGAGGCAGUCACCCUGCUGCGUGCCACUUCACAUUCAAACUCACGGGAUAGCGUAUUGAAUAAUCCGAGUCAGGAUUAUAUCCAACAGGCAACGUCGCAGCAUACGUUGCGUUAUCCUCCAUCCGCGUCGAUGUUGACGCCAACACCAACUACAAACACACCGACACUUCCGUUGUAAUUUAUAUAAAUAUAAAGCCUGAUGCAAAAUGCAGAAAGCAACAAAAAAAUAUUAAACGAAACCCAACAAAACAAAAAUAAAAACAAAACAAAUGAACCCCGUACACAUUAAAUACACUAAAAAACAGUAAAAACAAACAAAAUGAAACCAAUUUUGAUUAAUUAUUGUAAUGAUUGUAUUUUAUUAUUAUUUUUAUUAUUUACCAAUUUUGCGUUUAUUAUAUAAAUUAUUAUAAUUAUUAAUUAUAUUAUUAAUUAAUGCUAUUAUAAAUAAAAAAGAAAACAAAAUUCAAACGUAAUUCAAAACGACUAGAAUCGACACGGCGACUCAAGCCAGAAUCACUCACAGCCAGGGCAGCUCCUCCCGUCGGUGUCUUGUGAAGGGAAUCGUAAAAAAAGCUCCCUAAAACCACUAUCACUAUCAAUACCCCUCAGAACCCUAUUGCUCUUAACUGAAGGAAACUUAAACACACAAAAACCACUUAAAGCAUAUUUAUAUAUUAUAUACAUAUUAAAAGAGACAAAAACAAAACUAGUGCAGCAUCAUUUAAUGAGAGAAAGAAGAACAUAUUUAUACGCAACCAACAAACUUGUAAAUUAUAAUGAAAGAAAAGAAAGCAAAAA